GGGCGGGCGGGGGCGCCUGGCUGAGGAGGGUUCGGUUUUGCCCCCCAUGAGGGAGAGGGGAGGGGGGCAGCUGGCCCCUUCCCCAUCUCGCCCUCCUGAGGGAUGAAGGCGGCGCAGGGGAGUGCCGAGGAAUCGGAGAAACUGAAUAAGAUGAGUUCCCUUUUGGAAAGGCUUCACGUCAAGUUUAAUCCAAACAGCAGACCAUGGACAGAAACCAUGAAGCUUGUCCGGCAAGUCAUGGAAAAACGAAUCGUGAUGAACUCUGGAGGGCACCAGCACCUUGUAAGCUGCUUGGAAACUUUGCAGAAGGCCUUGAAAGUGACAUCUCUUCCUGCCAUGACAGAUCGCUUGGAGUCCAUUGCUCGACAAAAUGGCCUCGGAUCUCACCUGAGCCCAAACGGCACCGAGUGUUACAUCACUUCGGACAUGUUCUACGUAGAAGUCCACUUGGAUCCUGCAGGGCAGCUGUGUGAUGUCAAGGUGGCCCACCACGGCGAGCAGCCUGUGAGCUGCCCUGAACUGGUGCAACACCUCAGCAAACUCAAAACUAAAAUGUACCUGGCUCUUCAGUCCUUGAUGGACCUUUCAAAGAUGGCGGGGAUGUACUGGCAAGCCACCAAUGCGAACCCCUUGGACAAGAUUUUGCACGGCACUGUGGGCUAUCACCCGAGGAGUGGCGGUCACCUGAUGAAUCUGAAGUAUUACGUUUCCCCAUAUGAUAUGAUCGAAGAAGGUACCGGAGCCCCUGUCAUUCUCAAUGAGAACAAUGUUCCUCGACACCUGGGUAUGAACAUGUGUGUUACGAUCGAGGGAACUUUGACAAUGAACAAACUUCCAAUUGCUCCUCUGAUAAUGGGGUCGCAUCCUGUGGACAACAAAGGAACACCCUCCUUCUCCUCCAUCACCAGUGCCAACAGCGUUGAUUUGCCAGCGUGCUUCUUCUUGAAGUUCUCUAGGUCAAUUCCAGUAUCAAGGGCUUUCAUUCAGAAACUUCAGAACUGCACAGGCAUCCCAUUGUUCGACACUCCCCCAACGUACGUCCCCUUAUACGAGCUCAUCACGCAGUUUGAGCUGUCCAAAGACGUGGACCCUGGACCGCUGAACCACAAUAUGCGCUUCUAUGCAGCUCUGCCAGGACAGCAGCAUUGCUACUUCCUCAAUAAAGAUGCCCCCUUGCCAGACGGGCGAAGCCUCCAAGGAACUCUGCUCAGCAAAAUCCCGUUCCACCAUCCUAGCCGGGUGCCGCUCCUCCUCAACUUGAUUCGGCACCAGGUGGCGUACAACACCCUGAUCGGCAGCUGCGUCAAGCGAACGGUCUUAAAAGAAGAUUCCCCAGGGAUCCUGCAGUUUGAAGUCUGCCCCCUGUCCGACUCCUGUUUCAGCGUGUCGUUUCAGCAUCCCGUGAAUGACUCCUUAGUCUGUGUGGUCAUGGAUGUACAAGAUUCCACCCACGUGAACUGUAAACUGUAUAAGGGGCUCUCCGAUGCGCUCAUCUGCACAGAUGACUUCAUUGCGAAAGUCGUUCAAAGGUGUAUGUCCAUUCCCGUGACCAUGAGAGCCAUCCGCAGGAAAGCAGAGACGAUCCAAGCCGACACGCCGGCCUUGUCCCUCAUCGCCGAAACCGUCGAAGACAUGGUGAAGAAAAACCUGCCCCCGGCCAGCAGCCCGGGCUACGGCAUGACAACCAGCAACAACCCGAUGAGCGGAACCACCACGCCCACCAGCACGUUCUCCGGGGGCCCCAUCUCCACCCUCUUUGGCAUGGGCAUGGGCAUCAAAGAGCGGCAUGACUCGGUGGGCCACGGGGAGGACUUCAGCAAAGUGUCCCAGAACCCCAUCCUCACCAGCUUGCUGCAGAUCACGGGCAGCGUGGGCUCCACCAUCGGCUCCAGCCCCACCCCUCCUCACCACACCCCUCCCCCGGUGUCGUCUCCGGCCAGCAACACCAAGAACCACCCCAUGCUCAUGAACCUGCUGAAGGACAAUCCCACCCAAGACUUUUCCACCCUCUACGGGAGCAGCCCGCUGGAGAGGCAGAACUCCUCCUCCGGCUCCCCGAGGAUGGAGAUCGGGCCGGGGGGCAACAAGCAGAAGAAGAAGAAGUCUCGCAUCCCCGCCGACAAGCCCAAGCACCAGACAGAAGACGACUUCCAAAGGGAGCUGUUCUCCAUGGACGUCGACUCCCAGAACCCCAUCUUCGACGUCAACAUGACCGCCGACACCUUGGACACCCCCCACAUCACUCCCGCGCCCAGCCAGUGCAGCACCCCGCCCACAACCUACCCGCAGUCCUUACCUCACGCCCAGCCCAGUAUUCAGAGGAUGGUCCGGCUCUCUAGUUCGGACAGCAUCGGCGCCGACGUCACGGACAUCCUUUCCGACAUAGCGGAAGAAGCGUCCAAACUGCCGAGCGCCGGUGAAGACUGCCCUCCUGUCGGAACGCCGGUGAGGGACUCGUCCAGUUCGGGGCACUCCCAGAGCGCCCUCUUCGACCCGGACGUCUUCCAGUCCAACAACAGCGAGAACCCUUACACUGACCCGGCCGACCUGAUCGCCGAUGCCACCGUCAGCCCCAACAGUGACUCUUCCAACCAGUUUUUCCCUGACGGAGUGGAUUUCAACCCCGACCUCCUGAACAGCCAGAGCCAAAGCGGUUUUGGAGAGGAGUACUUUGACGACAGCAGCCAGAGCGGAGACGCCGACGACUUCAAGGGCUUUGCGCCGCAAACGAUAAGUACUCUGGGCGUGCAGGUGCUGGGGGGAGAUGGCGGGGAGAGUAAGUUCAAGGCGAGCAGUCAAGCGGAGACGGUCGACUUUAGUAUUAUCACGGCUUCCAGCAAGGCUCUGGGAACCUCUGAUGUCAUGGAGCAUCAUAGCGGAAGCCAGAGCCCCUUGCUGAGCACGGGAGAUUUGGGGAAGGAGAAGCCGCAGAAGCGGGUCAAGGAGGGUAACGGAUCCGGGAGUUCCUUAACAGGCCCGGGGCUGGAUGGCAAGGGAGGAAAACGCAGCCGCACCCCAUCCAGCGAUGGGAAGAGCAAAGAAAAGGUCCAGAAGCGGAGGAAGGUGGAGCCAGAAGGCAAAUCUCCUUCUCAUAGUUCAUCCACCAGGCCUUUCACCCCACCGGCGAGCACGGGCGGCUCAAAAUCUCCCGGAAGUUCGGGCAGGUCUCAGACUCCCCCCGGGGUGGCCACUCCCCCCAUCCCCAAAAUCACCAUCCAGAUUCCCAAGGGGACCGUGACCGUCGGCAAACCUUCCCACGGGCAGUACACGAGCAGCGGCUCGGUCUCCUCCCUGAGCAGCAAAAGCCACCACAGUCACUCCUCCUCCUCUUCCUCCUCCUCCUCCUCGUCCUCCUCAUCCUCCUCGUCGUCGUCCUCCUCCUCGACCUCGGGCAAAAUAAAGAGCAGCAAGUCGGACGGCUCUUCCGGGUCCAAGAUGAGCGGCAGCCUCUACUCGGGCCAAGGCGGCUCUGGAUCAGGUCAGUCCAAAAGCUCCGCCCAGUCUGUGGGCAAGCCCGGGUCCUCCCCCAUCACCAAACACGGCCUCAGCAGCGGCUCGGGAGGCACCAAGAUCAAACCUCAAGGGAAGCCGUCAUCGCUUAUGAACCCUUCCAUGAGUAAACCAAACAUUUCUCCUUCUCAUUCUAGACCCUCGGGCGGUUCUGACAAGCUGGCCUCUCCGAUGAAACCCGUUCCAGGCACUCCCCCGUCGUCUAAAGCAAAGUCCCCCAUUAGUUCCAGUUCUGGAGGCUCCCACAUGUCUGGGACCGGAUCAAGCAUGAAGUCCUCUUCCGGGAUGGGGUCCUCCGGUUCCGCGUCCCAGAAGCCACCCCCUUCUUCUUCUUCCUCCAACUCGUCGGCCACCUCCUCUUCCUUUUCGUCAGGCAGCUCGUCCAUGUCCUCGUCUCAGAACCAGCACGGCAGCUCCAAAGGCAAGUCCCCGAGCCGGAACAAGAAGCCGUCGCUGACCGCCGUCAUCGACAAGCUGAAGCACGGCGUCGUCACCAGCGGCCCAGGUGGGGAAGACUCCGUGGACGGGCAGGUGGUCCAAAGCUCCGGCGCCUCGAGCCACUCCGGGUCCUCCAAGCACAACUUGUCCGGAGGCGAAUUGCAGGGGAAGCGCGAGAGAAGCGACAAAGAGAAAUCCAAAGUCUCCGUCUCGGGCGGCUCCUCCGACUCUUCCAAGAAGUCAUCGGACUCGAAGAACGUUGGGAGCACUGGAGUGGCCAAGAUUAUCAUCAGCAAGCACGACGGUGGCUCUCCCAGCAUUAAAGCCAAAGUGACCCUGCAGAAGCCUGGCGAAGGAGGUGGGGAAGGCUUGAGGCCUCAGAUGACGUCUUCCAAAAGCUACGGCUCCCCCCUGAUCAGCGGGUCGACCCCGAAGCACGAGCGCUGCUCCCCCAGCCACAGCAAAUCUCCGGCCUACACGCCCCAAAACAUCGACAGCGAGAGCGAGUCGGGCUCGUCCAUCGCGGAGAAAUCCUAUCAGAACAGCCCCAGCUCCGAUGACGGGAUCCGGCCUCUUCCGGAAUACAGCUCCGAAAAACACAAGAAGCACAAAAAGGAGAAGAAGAAAGUGAAAGAUAAGGACCGGGACAGAGAAAGGGACCGGGACAAAGAGAGGGACAAAAAGAAAACUCACAGCCUGAAGCCAGAGAGCUGGUCAAAGUCUCCCAUCUCUUCCGAGCAGUCUCUGUCUAUGACCAGCGGUGCCAUUCUUACAUCAGACAGGCCGUCUCGGCCCAGCCCCGAUUUUCUGAUUGGGGAGGAAGAUGAUGAUCUAAUGGAUGUUGGCCUGAUAAGAAAUUAAUAAUUCUAUUUUAUUUUAUUUUUUGCUGGGGGGAGGCAGUGUUUCAUUUUGUUUCCUCUAAGGAUAUUUUUUAAAAGUCUUGGGCACAUUGAGACCCAAAACGGGGUUUGCUAAAAACAAACAAAGCAUUCGUAGAUGGAGUGCAACUAACCGGAAAUAUUUUUAAGCCCUUGGGGGAAACGUCAUACAGAGAGAGAGAGAGAGUUGUAGCCCCCCCCCCCUCUUGCUAGAGCUGCAUAACUGUGGACUAGCACAACAGAAUUGAAAUUCAGGCAAAUAUUUUAAGAUAUAGUUUUAUUUCCCCUGUUUAUUUUAUUUUUAAAAUCGGGAUCAAAUUUUUUCUCUCUCGCCGCAAUUUUUUUUGAACGCUUCCGUCCUCGUGCACCUUUUGUAAAGAUUUUAGCAGCCGGUGUGGGUUUUGUGAUUCACAUUUAGCAAGAAGGGAAAAAGUAUUCUUUAAAAAAAAAAAAAGAUUCAGAAGAAUUUGUUCAGGGCCUGAUGCUUGCUGGGUUUUCUCCGGGGUGCUGACCGCUGUCUCUUGGAGUGUGUGUGUGUUUUAAGGGACAGCUGGAGGCUUUUAUUUAGCCUUCAUCCCAAUGGGUUUUAAGUAUUUUUGACAUCUCUUGCGUUGCAUACCUUUGAGGCGGUUGGAUUAAAUCGAUUUGCGUUAAUCGUA